AUGUUCAAGCACGCCGCAGCUUCUCUCAGCCGCCCCUUGGCACGAGGCUUCUCCUCCUCGGCCGCCCGCGCUUCGUACGAGGACACCAUCAAGAACCUCCUCAUCUCCAAAGACUCUCGCGUCAUCUGCCAAGGUUUCACCGGUAAGACCGGUACCUUCCACUGCCAGCAGGCCCUCGAGUACGGAACCAAACUUGUCGGUGGUGUCUCGCCCAAGAAGGCCGGUCAGACCCACCUCGGCCUGCCCGUGUUCGGAUCGGUCAAGGAAGCCGUUCGUGAAACCAAGCCCCACGCUUCGGUCCUCUACGUUCCUCCACCCGGUGCAGCCGACGCCAUCAUCGAAGCCAUCGAGAACGAAGUCCCCCUCAUCGUCGCCAUCACCGAGGGCAUCCCUCAGAAGGACGAGAUCCGCGUCGCCGCCGCACUCCGCUCGCAGUCCAAAUCUCGUCUCGUAGGACCCAACUGCCCCGGUAUCAUCAACCCAGAAGGCUGCAAGAUCGGCAUCAUGCCCGGACACAUCCACACCCCCGGUCGCAUCGGCAUCGUCUCCCGCUCCGGCACCUUGACCUACGAAGCCGUAAACCAGACCACCCAGGUCGGUCUCGGCCAGAGUCUCUGCGUCGGCAUCGGCGGUGACCCCUUCCCCGGUUCCACCACCCUCGACCUCGUCAAGCUUCUCCUCGACCACGACAAGUCCGAAGGUAUCGUCCUCAUCGGAGAGAUCGGCGGAAGCAUGGAGGAAGACGCCGCCGAAUACCUCGCCAAGUACAACAAGACUAGGGCCAACCCUAAACCCGUCGUUGCUUUCAUCGCAGGACGAACCGCACCGCCAGGUAGGCGAAUGGGUCAGCGAGCAUCAUUACCCAUCAUCCCAUGA